GUCGUGACGCUGCGUUUCCUUGUUUUCAACGCAGCGCGGGAGAUUCAGGAGGAGAAGAGAAUCGAGUCAGUGGAGAAAACCGGAGGAAGUUUCUGCUGGUUUGUUAAAAUGCCGUGUGAGAGGAAGCAGCUUCGUUACGGACACUCGGAGGGACACACCGAGGUCUGCUUCGACGACACCGGGAAGUACAUCGUCACCUGUGGAAGUGAUGGAGAUGUUCGGAUAUGGGAGGGUAUGGACGAUGAUGAUCCGAAGUUUAUCACCGUUGGGGAAAAAGCGUACUCCCUGGCACUCAAGAAAGGGAAGCUUGUGACUGCGAGCUCCAACAACACGGUGCAGAUCCACACGUUUCCUGACGGCGAUCCAGACGGCAUCCUGACCCGCUUCACUACCAACGCCACGCACGUCGCCUUCAACAGCAGCGGCUCCAGAGUGGCAGCAGGCUCCAGUGACUUCAUGGUGAAGGUGGUGGAAGUCUCGGACAGCAGCAAACAGAAAACACUCAGAGGCCAUGAAGCCCCGGUUCUCAGCGUUACUCUGGAUCCUGAAGAUGAAUUCCUGGCGUCUGCCAGCUGUGACGGCUCUGUUGUGGUUUGGAAUAUAGAGCAGCAGACUCAGCUGAUCAGCUGGCCUCUGCUGCAGAAGACGAAUGACGUCAGUAACGCAAAGUCUCUGUGUCGUCUGGCCUGGCAGCCCGGGACCGGGAAGGUUUUAGCGGUUCCUGUGGAGACGAAGGUGCAGCUGUACGAGCGAGGCUCCUGGGACCAUGUGAGCACUCUGUCAGACGAUCUGCUGACUCAGCCCAUCAACGUGGUGGCCUGGUCUCCAUGUGGGACGUUCCUGGCAGCGGGCAGCGUGGGGGGUUCACUGACCGUGUGGGACGUGAACAGCAAGCUUUGUGUGGAAAGGCAGAAGCACGAGAAAGGCUUCACCGUGUGCGGCCUGGCCUGGCAUCCAUCGGGCAGUCAGAUCGUCUUCACAGACACAGAGGGCUGCCUGAGUCUGCUGGACGGACUCAACACGUCUGUAUCCAACACCGAACACACCAAGGCUGCAGUGAAAAAGCCGGCCAAAGACUACGACGCCCUGUUCGAUGACGACGAUGAUGACAGGCUCAUGGAUGAAGGUUUGAGUGAAACCACUUCACCUGCAAAGAAACCCGUGACAGGGGACGACGAUGACGAUGAUGACUUCCUCAUGCCUUCGACCGGGCGGGUGAGGAACAGAGGGGCGAUACUCGAUGAUGAGAACUCUCAAGACACCGGCUCACUGCGGCUCGGCCAGGAUAAAUUUGGAGACGAUGAUGACACGGGCAGCGUUGUGGUUCCUGCGGCGGCCAAGUCGGCUCCCCUGCGUCCCGUCUACGAGGGACCGAUGCCGACGCUUCCUCAGAAGGCCUUUCAGCCAGGCUCCACCCCCGCACACCUCACUCACCGCUUCAUGAUGUGGAACUCUGUGGGAAUCGUUCGCGGCUACAACGACGAUCAGGACAACGCCAUCGAUGUGGAGUUCCACGACACGGCCGUUCACCACGCCAUGCACCUCACAAACUCUCUGGGUCACACCAUGGCCGAUCUUUCCCAAGAGGCCGUGCUGCUGGCCUGCCCGGGCACAGACGAGCUCGCCAGUAAGCUGCAGUGCCUCCACUUCUCGUCUUGGGACACCAAAAAAGAGUGGAUGGUGGACCUGCCGCAGGGCGAGGACGCACGGGCGCUCUGUCUGGGUCAGGGCUGGGCCGCGGUCGCCACCAACACGCUGACUCUCCGCCUCUUCUCCAUCGGAGGAGUGCAGAGAGAAAUCUUCAGCCUGCCGGGGCCCGUCGUCUGUAUGAGCGCACACGGAGAGCAGCUGCUCAUCGUCUACCACCGAGCUACGGGGUUCGACGGUGAACAGGCUCUCGGCAUUCAGCUGCUGCAGUUUGGCAGAAGGAAGAAGAAGCUCAUCAACGGAGAACCGCUCCCUCUGUCUCAAAGGUCCUACCUGUCCUGGCUCGGAUUCACUGCUGAAGGAACCCCCUGCUAUGUGGACUCUGACGGGGUGGUCCGGAUGUUAAACCGUUCCCUCGGUAACACCUGGACGCCGGUGUGUAACACCAGAGAGACGUGCAAAAGCAAAUCCGAUCACUUCUGGGUGGUGGGAAUCCAUGAGAACCCUCAGCAGCUCAGGUGUAUUCCAUGUAAAGGCUCAAGGUACCCCCCCACCCUGCCCAGACCUGCUGUGGGCAUCCUGCCCUUCAAGCUGCCUCUGUGUCAGACGAGCACAGAGAAAGGACAGAUGGAGGAACAGUACCUCCGUUCAACCCUCUUCCACAACCACUACAGCUUCCUGUCGUCCAGCGGGUACGAGAUCGACGAGGACGGGCAGGGUCAGUCCCAGAAGGAGCAACAGGAGCUGCUCAUGAAGAUGUUUGCAUUGUCCUGUAAGCUGGAGAGAGAGUUUCGCUGUGUGGAGCUGGCUGAGAUGAUGACUCAGAAUGUCGUGACCCUGGCCAUUCGGUACGCCUCCCGCUCCAGACGCAUGGCCCUCGCCCAGCGGCUCAGCGAGAUCGCUCUGGAGAAAACGAACCAGAUCCAAGAGGACGAGCCCGAGGAGCAGGAAGAGGAGCCGCAGUACUCCAGACCAGCAUCCAGGUUUGGUCAGAGUGAGUCCACAGGAGGACGGUACAGCAGCAGACAUGAUCAGGAGGAGGAAGAGGAGCAAGAAGAGGAGAUCAGAGAGGAGGAGGAGGAGGAGGAGGAUGGACAGGAGAUGGAGACCGAGGAGUCAACAGAAUCCAAAAAACGUGUAAAUCCAUUCGCUAAAGAAGCGGGCUCACCUGUGAUGCCUUCUCUGACGCCAAUUGGUAAAGCAGGACGAUCUAAUCCUUUCAAGAUGCUCGGCUCAGGGAAACCCUCGGCCCCCUCCGGUCAGCCACGAGUCACAAACAUCCUGGACAACAUGACGUCCAGCAAGAAGUCUGCUCCGCUCAGCGGGUCUGCAGGGAAACAGAGCAAAGGCCCCGUCCUCAAACCGCUGGCUCCCAGACCAAAGACAAAGACUCAGUCCACUCUGCUGCAGAUGACAAACACAAAAUCAGCCAAUAAGAAGACUCAGCAGAACAUGGAGCCGCCUGCAGUUCAGCACAAACAAGCAGAAGUCCCGCCUCCAACCUCGCCUGCAGAAAACACUGAAAACAAAAGGCCGAAGACCGGCUUCCAGCUGUGGUUGGAAGAAAACAGGAAGAACAUAAUCGCCGACCAGCCGGACCUGGAGGAGACAGACGUCAUCAAAGAGGCGAUGGGUCGCUUCAGGACGCUGUCAGCAGAUGAGAGACUGACGUGGACGGAAAGAGCAAAAGGCCAAAGUGGAGACGCAGCAGAUCUGAAGAAGAGGAAAAGAGCAGGAGGAGUAGAAGGAGGAGCAGGAGGGGAAGAUGAGAAUGGACAAGCAGCAGCAGCAGAUGAAACCAGUGCCAAGAAGAAGAAAUCUUUGGAUCCCUCCUCCAAGCUUUCAGCAUUUGCUUUUAACAAAAACUAAAUGUUUUGAUAUUUUCUUUUUCCUUUUGGUGCUGAAAACUGUCGAUCCUGUUAAAUCUGUUUGUUAUGUGAAUAUGUUGUUACACUUUGAGGCACUUAAUCAGAACAUUAAACUCUUAUAAUGUCUCCAAAGUAUUGAGUGAAGGUAAUGGAGUGUCCUCGGUUUUCUUUUCUACUUUUAGAACAUUUCUAAAAAACCUCUAAAUGUAUUUUAACCAUUCAAUAAAUGUUCAUGUUUGUUAGUUC